UUCAGAAUCCGGUGGCUACAAAACCAAAAUACUGGACUGCCUGGUUCAGGACUGGACGCCUAGCCAACCUACUGACUUGGAGCUUCAGAUCCAUGGCAACAAAGGAGUCAGGAGAUGCCAAAGCACAGUUGGCGCUCACUUCAUCAGCCAGUCAGAGCCAAGAAGUGCCUGAAAACCCGAACUAUGCUCUCAGAUGUACUCUGGUGGGACAUACGAAAGCUGUAUCAUCAGUUAAGUUUAGUCCUAGUGGAGACUGGCUAGCAAGUUCUUCUGCUGAUAAACUAAUUAUAAUUUGGGGAGCAUAUGAUGGAAAAUACGAGAAAACACUCUAUGGUCAUAAUCUGGAAAUAUCAGAUGUUGCCUGGUCAUCAGAUUCCAGUAGUCUUGUUUCUGCCUCAGAUGAUAAAACUCUAAAGAUAUGGGAUGUGAGAUCAGGAAAAUGUUUGAAAACACUGAAGGGACACAGUAAUUAUGUCUUUUGCUGUAAUUUCAAUCCACCAUCCAACCUCAUCAUUUCAGGAUCUUUUGAUGAGAGUGUGAAAAUUUGGGAAGUGAAAACAGGAAAGUGCCUCAAGACUUUGUCUGCUCAUUCUGACCCAGUUUCUGCUGUUCAUUUUAAUUGUAGUGGGUCCUUGAUAGUGUCAGGUAGCUAUGAUGGUCUCUGUAGAAUCUGGGAUGCUGCCUCAGGCCAGUGUUUAAAAACGCUUGUGGAUGAUGAUAACCCUCCUGUCUCUUUUGUAAAAUUUUCUCCAAAUGGUAAAUAUAUUCUUAUCGCAACUUUGGACAACACUCUUAAACUGUGGGAUUAUAGCAGAGGCAGAUGCCUGAAGACAUACACUGGUCACAAGAAUGAGAAAUACUGCAUUUUUGCUAAUUUUUCAGUUACUGGUGGAAAAUGGAUUGUGUCUGGUUCUGAGGAUAACCUGGUUUACAUAUGGAACCUUCAGACUAAAGAGAUUGUACAGAAAUUACAAGGUCAUACAGAUGUUGUGAUCUCAGCAGCUUGUCAUCCUACAGAAAACAUCAUUGCAUCAGCAGCAUUAGAAAAUGACAAAACAAUUAAACUGUGGAUGAGUAACUAUUAA